AUGGAUGGGAUAUUUCCAGCAGAAUUAUUUUUGGAAAUAUUUGAAUAUUUACCAGUAAUUGAUAUAUUUCGUGGUUUUUGCAAUUUAAAUUCAUAUAUAAACUCAAUAAUAAAUCAAUUACAUUGGAAAAUUGAUUUAUCAUCGAAACGUGUAACAAUCAUGGACGAACUUUAUAUUCAACAAAAAAUAUUUCCAUUAUAUUCUAAUAAAUUUCAUCAUUUAGGUGUAUGGUCAAAAACAAUUAAUCUUAAACAAUUUUCAAAUUUACGUUCAUUAUCAAUUUCAUUUCCAUCCGAACAACAAUUUGAACAAAUUUAUGGUCAAACAUUUCCAUUUCUUCAAUCAUUAUCAAUUAAUUAUAGACAUGAUUCAACAAAAUAUCAGGCAUUAUGUACAAGAAUAUUUUCAAAUGAAUUUCAACAAUUAAAAAAAUGUUGUUUAUCAGAUGUAUCUUAUCAGUAUCUAUCAAAAUUAACAUGGUUACCGAUAUAUUAUUUGGAAUCGUUAACCCUUCGUUUAUGUAAUCAAAAUAGUUAUUAUUUAUUAUUAAAAAAUCUAUCAAAAUUAAAAUAUUUUUCUGUUACAAUAUAUACAGAAAAUGAUAAUAAUAAUAAAAUAAUGAUACCAACUAAUACAAUUGAUAAUUUAAUGUAUUUAAAAUUAAUUGUUCCAAAUCAAUCAGAAAUGUCAAUGGAUGAAUUAGAACAAUUAGUAUCUUAUACACCAAAUUUAAUACGUUUAUCAUUUCAUCAUGAACAUACUAUUGAUCGAAAUUAUUUAGAUUUUAAAAGAUGGAAAAAUUUAUUUUUAAAAUUAAAUAAUUUAAAUAAAUUUCAUUGUAAUAUAACAAUUGAUUUUUUAUUUGAAAAUGAACAUAAGGCAUUAACACAAUUAAAUGAUAUUAAAUAUCGACAUGAACAUUGGGCAUUUGAAUGUAUGGUAUAUGAAAGAAUGAACGAAAAAAGUUUAGGACGAAUUUAUACACAAAAAUUGGAGAAAAGGGAAUGA